GAGCAGUAGAGGAAGAGAGCUGAUAAACGCAUUGAGCCCGUCUGUUUAGUAGUACACAGUACAAUGAAACAGUAAACCACCGUUGGGCGAACAUAUCUGCCGUGUAUUCACAGGUCCGCGUGUUUAUAUGUGUGUAUGAUGGCGUGGGGAGUGUGCAGCAGGGCUCUGGUGUGGAUUAUAACUGCGAUCAUAUGCUGGAGUCACAGCAGCUUGAUGGGCUUUUGCGGCAGCAGUACGGUGUCUGUACCAGAGAGUCUACUCUUUGUGUCCACACUGGACGGGAACCUUCACGCCGUCAGCAAGAGAUCCGGAACAAUCAAAUGGACUUUAAAAGAAGAUCCUGUUUUGCAAGUCCCAACGCAUGUGUCAGAGCCUGCAUUCCUCCCAGACCCCAAUGAUGGCAGUUUGUACUCUCUCGGAGGGAAAAAUAAUGAGGGUUUGACGAAACUGCCGUUCACCAUUCCUGAGCUGGUCCAGGCAUCUCCCUGUCGCGGUUCUGAUGGCAUCUUAUACACGGGUAAGAAGCAAGACGUGUGGUAUGUUGUGGAUCUGCUGACUGGUGAGAAGCAACAAACACUGACCUCUUCCUACGCUGAGAUGUUAUGUCCAUCUUCAUCUCUGCUCUACCUCGGCCGCACUGAAUACACGAUCACUAUGUAUGACACCAAGAGCAGAGAGCUGCGCUGGAACGCUACUUAUUCUGACUACGCUUUCACCCUUCCAGACGACGACACCAAACACAAUAUGGCCCACUUUGUGUCCAAUGGUGAUGGCCUAGUGGUGACAGUGGACAGUGAGUCCGGAGACGUGCAGUGGGUUCAGAAUUACAACUCCCCUGUGGUGGCGAUCUACAUCUGGCAGCGUGAGGGCCUGCGCAAAGUCCCGCACACCAAUGUUGCUGUGGAAACUUUGCGUUAUCUCACUUUCAUGUCAGGAGAGGUGGGCCGCAUUACACAGUGGAAGUAUCCAUUUCCUCGGGAGAAGAAAACCAAAGAUAAACUGAUGUCCACGUUGUAUGUAGGGAAACACUCCUCUGGCCUGUAUGCUUCUCCCUCCCUGGUGCAUGAUGGAGUUACUGUUGUGCCUCGUGGCAGGACGUUUCCCAUGCUGGAGGGCCCCAGUAACCAGGAGUCAAGCAUGGAGGAUGAGCAGGAGUGUGUGAUCACUCCCAGUACCACAGUGAAGUUCAGUGCAGCACUGAAAGAGAGAAACCACAUCAACUUCAUGAGGAAUUCACUGCUGUUGAUAGGUCACCACGAGACACCGCCAGAUGCUCAUACUAAAAUUCUGGAAAAAUUUCCAGAGAGCAUCCCUCGCCAACAUAUCAACGUUAUUCCCCCUGCCACAGAGAAGACCAUUGAAGAGAAAGUAAAUGAGAGUGGAAUGGAAGACAACAGUCCUCUGCCUCCACCUGUGUCAUCCCUGCAGGAGAAACCCGACCGUGUCCCACGUGUGGAGACUCCAGUGGACUCCAUGCUGAAGGACAUGGCCACCAUCAUCUUCUGCACUUUCCUUCUGGCCGGCUGGGUGGCCUUCAUCAUCACCUACCCCAAGAGUGUCCACAAGCAGCAGCAGUUGCAACACCUGCAAUUUCAGCAGCAGAUGGAGGAAAAGCUGCAGCUCCUGCAGCGGCAGCAGCUCAUUUUCCAGCCACCCAGUGAUCUGCCUCCUGACACUGACUUCCUAGAGGCAGCCCAUACCCGCUCUGAGAGCUCCACCCACAGCAGUCCCAACAUCACCCCACGAGCAUCCAACCAUUCCAACAUGUCCCAGUCUGAAAUGGGACAUUCAGCUAAUGAGCACGAGGAUGCAGAGGAAGAAUCCAACAUUGUCAGAAUUGGAAACAUCACUUUCAACCCUAGAGAUGUACUUGGACAUGGUGCUGAGGGAACUAUUGUGUACAGGGGUCAGUUUGAUAACCGUCCAGUGGCAGUGAAGAGGAUUCUCCCAGAAUGCUUUAGCUUUGCCGACCGUGAGGUUCAGCUGCUGCGCGAGUCAGACGAGCAUCCAAAUGUGAUUCGUUACUUCUGCACUGAGAGAGACCGUCAGUUUCAGUACAUUGCCAUAGAGCUGUGUAGCUCCACACUGCAAGAGUAUGUGGAACGAAAGGAUUUUAACCGCCACGGUUUGGAGCCAGUGACACUGCUAGAGCAAACCAUGUCUGGACUGGCUCAUUUACAUUCACUUAAUAUAGUUCACAGAGAUCUGAAGCCACACAACAUCCUGGUGUCGAUGCCGAACACACAUGGGCGUGUGAAGGCCAUGAUCUCAGACUUUGGCCUAUGCAAGAAGCUGGCAGUGGGCAGACACAGCUUCAGCAGGAAGUCUGGGGUCCCGGGCACUGAGGGCUGGAUUGCUCCAGAAGUGCUCAGUGAGGAUGCAAAGCAUAACCCUACCUGCAUGGUAGACAUCUUCUCUGCAGGCUGUGUGUUUUACUAUGUGGUAUCUGAAGGCCACCACCCCUUUGGAAAGUCCUUGCAGCGGCAAGCAAACAUUCUGCUGGGUGCCUACUCGCUGGAAUACUUAGACCCUAACAGACAUGACGAUAUUGUGGCCCGAAACUUGAUCGAGCAGAUGUUGAGUAUGGAACCAGAGAAAAGACCCUCAGCAGACAAAGUGCUAAAGCAUCCCUUCUUCUGGAGUCUGGAAAAACAGCUGCAGUUCUUCCAGGAUGUGAGUGAUAGAAUUGAGAAGGAGCCGUUAGAUGGACCAAUCGUGAGACAGCUGGAGAGAGGAGGACGGGUGGUGGUCAAAGGCGAUUGGAAGGAACAUAUCACAGUGCCUCUACAGACCGAUCUUCGCAAGUUUCGUUCAUACAAAGGCGGAUCGGUCAGAGAUCUUUUACGUGCCAUGAGAAACAAGAAACACCAUUACCGAGAGUUACCCGAUGAAGUCCAGGAAACACUGGGAUCCAUUCCAGAUGAAUUUGUCUCCUACUUUACCUCCCGUUUCCCUCUUCUUCUGUUGCACACACAUCUGGCCAUGCGUUUCUGUGCUGUGGAGCGACCUUUCCUGCCUUAUUACCACACUUCUGAACUGCUCACACACCACACAGUAGCACAGUGUGCGCCACAGGCUCCCCCCUCACAGCAUUGCAGUCCAUCAGUGCUCUCAGGCCUGUCGUCGUCCAGUCAGAUAUCAGCAGCUCCACAUGAACUGUCUGAAAUGGCAGUCUUACCUGAGAUCACCACAGAGCACAUACAGACAGUCCCGGUGCCACCCACACUGUCCACACAAGAGACUGGAGCUCCAUAGUGCCAAGUGGAUAGACCCUUGAUGGAUGGACCCUUUUCGGACACAUUCCAGGGAUGAGCCAUCUCUCUGUGUGGAUGCAGUCUGGGCCUGCAGUGUCCGGGCUGUGUCACCACAGAGGCCGCCAUCCCAUCUUUAGUGCCUUACGAUGCUCAUUUUAGACAACAGCUCUUGACUGAGUGAUUUACCGAUUCCUGGCGAAGAUGUUUUGGAGGAUGCUGAAAAAGAUGGUUUGGGUUGUCAGUGGUGUGCUCACAAAAUUCUGCAGUCAUUCCUUCCAUUUGUCAAGUAUAAUGUGAUUGGAAGGCGAGGGAUUUUUGCUGAACACUUGAAAUGAAUGCAAGAAAUUCUACUGUGCACUGUUGAGUCGUGCUUGGUGAGAGAGAACAUGCUAUUGAAUAUAUAUUUUUGUACAUAUUUUGAUCAUUGAUAAUCGAUUGAAGUGGCCAUUGUGCCUUUUUAAAUGACACUGUGCAGUGUGAAGCUAAUGCUUGUGGUUUCGCCUUUUGUCUUUGCUGCUGAAAGCUGUUAAAGGACUAGUUCAACCAAAAAUGAAGAGAGGCAUCAUUUAGUCAUCCACACAUGUACAGCUUUCCGUGGAACAGCAGAUUGUUCACUGUUCUCUUCUGUACAGUGACCAGCUGCUGUGAAGCCCCAAAAACACCAAAACGCAUCAUAAAGUAGUCAACUUGUGUGCAGAAUAAUCUAAAGAAACGCAUGCAAAUUCAAGUUAUUAUUCACUGAUAAUCUCCCUCUGCACUGCAUUUCUUAAUUCCCAUUUAAAUAUGUCCUGUGAAGACGUCACACCAUAUUUGACAUCAAUGAAGCCAAAGAGCAUUGGUUAUCACAUAUCAUAUGUGAAAGCACUAAUCACAUUUGUGAGCAAAAGCUAAUGUAUGGCUUCGGGAGGCUAAACAGUGCUCAAGCCAUAUGGGCUACUUCUAUGCAUGCUGGUUUGAAACGAGACGUAAAUGAUGACAGAAUUAAAUUUUUGGGUGAACCGUUCCUUCAAAGUCUCUAAUAUGGAACCAACUGUAUGACAUUACCGGUAUUAUGCUUUCAAAAGUUCUGGAUAUACUUUCAUGACAAACGUAAUAUCCUGUAUUGUGCUCAUAAUUUCAGUCAUUCAGUCAUGCACUUUUAUAUUUUGGUAUAUUUCAGCAAAUCAUCGUAAACUGUAUGAAUUCAUUCCCUUGGAUUUUGGAUGGUGUGAUUUAGUUGUAGCUUUCAGGUGAUUCUCUUAAAUGGUUCUUAUGUAGGGAAAUAAUUCAGCUAUUUUCUUGGUUUUAAUGGAUCCCUGAUUCAGAAACUAUGGGCUUUUGUUAGGUUAUACCAGGAAAAAUGUCUCUCCUAGGCCUGAUGUUGGUCAGAUGUUCAGUGCAUAUACAGCAUUGUAACAUGCAUGCCGUUUUGACCUGAAAUAUUCCAGAUGGAGCUUUUAUAAUGUUACAUGUUUUUAAUGUUCCAUAUUUUUAAAUGGCUCAUUUUGAGGGAAAAAUUUAAAUGCAAUGAUGCCUUUUUACAUGUAGUGUUAAUAAAAGCUGCUAUUGUGCAAUGCCAAUUAAGGUAUGAGUGCAAAUAGUCAACCUUUUUGGCUAUUUUCAUUAAUUUCACCCACCAUUGCUGAAAUUAUUUAUAUAUAACGUUACUUCUAUUUAGGCAUAGUGAGAAUAGCAUCUAUCACUAUUUGAAUUUAAUAUAAACACUUUUUAAAACUACCACCAUAUUC